AACAUAUUGAAAAUCAUCAGAGUGAAGAAAUACCUAUGAAGUCAGAAGGGACACGAUUUGGAAAUGAAAUUGGGACACAUCCACAGGAAGUCCCAAUAAGGACUGAAGUAUAUCAAGGAAAUGACAUAACGACUUGCAGGGAAUUAAUGACAGAGGAAAAUUGCCAACUAAGGAAGGAAGAUCAUCUUUUCAAAGUGGAUGAUACUCUUAAGUGUGAAACAGAAGCGAUCAACGUCUAUCGCUGGAGAAUCAAAGUCCUUGAACAAGAAUUGGAAAGAACAAUCGAUUACUUUCAAAUACAGAUUAUUUAUUUGAAGAAAAAUGCAAAUGAUACUUGGAAUCAUAGUGAAUUUUCUGUAGAGAUGAUGGCCUUGAGGCAACUAUGCAAAGCUGCCAUGUGUAAUGAUUCUGAGUCUGUGUUGCAGUUGCCUGAGGCUUGCAUCCUCCCACAUUGCCCUUAG